UCAGUCUAGCAAAACACCGCUUACAUGGCCACUUCCAGCAAAAGCUUUCGGUUCAUGAGCCUGUAAAUCCGUCGCCGAACUAUGUUUCGAAAUCGGAGGGAAACUUUGGUCACCAGAGUCGAACAGGAAAUGAAUGAGAUACCCAGAUGAGGCCACCAGCACUAUAUGCCAGACUAACUAUAUGGACUCUAGCGCCCCCUGUCCCUUCGGCUACCUGCUAUUCAUAAGGCAACAUAUUCGUGAUUCCAUGUUCCAUCCAAACAAAUACCUAGCCACGGGUAAUCACAAGCACUCCAAUAUCCAUUCUCUCUCUUCAGACUUACAAGAUCACCAUGUCCGCUCCGCCACUCCUAGCAUUGCCUGGCGAGCUUCGCAACCGCAUCUACGAAUUCUGCGUCGAACCCAAAACUUUGUACAUUCCGAGGUACCCCAAGCGUACAAAGAAGCCUUACGCACAUGCCCGCUGUCGACUGUAUGGCAGCCUUCGGAAUGUGUGUCGGCAAAUGCGAGCAGAGUUCGGUUCACUGUACAUGGCCAAGAAUGUUAUGGUCCUUCACCAAAUCACCGCAAACGCAUUUCUCGAAACUUUCUAUCCCGACCUGAGGCAGCCGGAAGCCGUCAGCGAAGAGUCGCUGUUAGAGCGCAGUACCGCCGAUUCUAGCGUACAAGGCAACAUCCUGAUUAUGACAUACUUCAACCAGCGAUACGAUGCUACACCCCUCGCACGCCUUUGCAUGAAGCAUCCCAACUUCAAAGUCACUUUCACCGAUGCGAGUGCGUCCCUCCGUCUCGCUGUCGUCCUAGACGACUUCUUCGCCAAAAUCUCGUCCGGUGUAUUUCGUCCGGACUUGGAACGCCUUAUCCAAAGAGUCGACAUCUCCUGCAGCAUGCUUCCUGAGAUGCGCUUUACUUUCCAUUCUAGACGCGCAAUGGAGGAUCUUUUUGAACAGGAUGGAGCUGCGGAUCCACGGCAGGCGCUGAUUAAGAUGGGUGCGCCGCCUAUGAACGCUUUCGCUAUCUUUUUCUUAGCUGAGACUGAGGAUGUGUAUAAGCGCUCUGCACCACUACUUUAAGUAAUCAUGUCUGGAGUACACUGGCCCAGAUCUUUUUCAUCGCUCACUUCUCAUGACUGAAAUGAUUUGGUUGUUAAAUGUGAACAGGUUUUCUGUCUACCAAACUGUCUAGCGUGUUUGCAGAUUGAUUACGUACUGCACGUGAAGGUGAAGCCCCGCCACCAAACACCAUGUAGGCACCUGGCGUUACGCAUGAUCCCCCGUUGCUUGGCGGUCGCAUGCUCUUCUCCACUCAUUCAUCUCUUACACAAGUAUUACCUACGACCGACAAAACUCCGUGAAUUUCAUUCAUGGUUACUGUGUAAGCGCAGAGGCAGCAGAUUACAAUGAGCACUCAAGACAGUCGACUUCUUGCCCUACCAGGCG